AUGUCUAGCUUCACAUCUAUUAACAGGAGCACUUUCAGUGGAUUUUUGACUCUUCAGCAGGUGUUAGAUUCAUUCAUCAUAUUAGCUGCUCAGCAAACAGAAACUGGCAUUGCUAGUCAAAAUAUAGAAUUAACACCACCUCACUCAACCAGUGUAACAUCAGCCCGUGGGUUACCAUGGACACAGUUUAGCCCUUCAAAUAUAAGAAUAGCUCCCUUCCCAACUCGAGAAUACAUAGAUGAUGAGUUCCAAUCCAUCAUUAAGAGCGUCCUGGGCCUGUUGUAUUUAUUGGGAUUCCUCUAUCCAAUCUCUCGCUUGAUCAGCUAUACUGUGUUUGAGAAGGAGCAGAAGACAAGAGAAGGCCUUUUUAUGAUGGGAUUGAAAGAUGGGAUAUUCCAUUUCUCUUGGUUCAUUACAUACGCUUUUCAGGUUAUUUUUUGGCUGCGGAAUUCUAGAAUAAUCAUGUAUUUUUCCCGUUCUUUGUACUUUGACAGAGCGUGA